UUCAACGACUCCGCGGAAGCGGGCCUGAGGAAAGAUGCUAAGGUCAACACCUGGUAUCGACCCAAAUUAGAACACACCCUUGCUAGCCCUCCAAUGUCAAAGGAAGAAUUACAGGAUCUGGGAUUUGAUGCAUACGCCAUCGACCAAAUCGAUUGUCCAGACGGACUUCUGUGGUAUCUGAGGCGUGAGGUGAACAUGCAUCGCACGGCCGUUGGUCUUGACGGAUCGAAAGUGGACGUGGCUCGUGCGAUGGAGGCUGUCUCACGUUUUGGGCCUCGGGGAGAAGGUGGAGGCGCAACAUUCAUAGCCGGAAACGUGAUCAACACGGUACAACGGUCUCGCUACGGUAGACGUGUUGCGCAGAACAUGACCCGUGACCUCCGCCCUGCACGCAAUCUUGUCACGAGCGCAGUUGAUCCUGAGGUGAAACGCGAACUGGAUCGAGUUAUUCAAGAGGCGAGGCAGGCCCUUGAGGUCAUUAACGAAGGUGCGAAUGAACUUGCCGCGGAAGAGCGGACCAUAAGAGAAGCGGAAUCUGUCUACAAGAAGAAAUUUGACGAACUUGACAAGAGGAAAAAGAAGGUCAUUGAGACGAAGAAGCACUUGGGAUCCUUGGCUGGCAAAAUUGAGGUGUGCAAGGCCAAGCUUGUGGAGUUGGAAAAUGCUCCACCUGUGGAUGAUGAACGAGCUCGCCUGAAGCAGGGGUUGCUUGAUAUUUCUCAGAAGCGUGUGAAGGUCGCAAAGGAUUAUACGCAACUUAUUCGGUCUUUGAUCGUUGACCAAAUUGCUGCCACUCGCAGUGGGAUUGAGUUCCUACAGGUUGGCGCAAAUAGGAAUGCACUCGAAGCCCUUUGCCAAGAGAAAGAUGAACGCUAUCAAAGAGCCCUCGCAGAAUUCGACGAAGCUGAUAAAAUUUUUCUUGCGGCAAAGGAGGAUGCGAAAAGCAAGCGGGACAUCAGCGUGGCACUUGUUCGCCAAAUGGACAGAGAGUUCCAAGAGCAGUUCGAAAAGAUGGAACUCGAUGGGUCUGUGCACGAAAGAACGGUAGACCAGCUGCGGGCCGAGCUUGAAACUCAGAGAGCCAACCUUGACUUGAUCAUGAUAACGAAUCCAGGCGUCAUUAACCAGUACGAACGCAGAAAGGCUGAGAUUGGAGAUCUUAGUACGAAGAUAGAAGAUAAAGAGAAAAAAUGUAUAAAGCUCGAGCGUGACAUCAAGUUUGCUAGGGAUAACUGGCAGCCUGCGCUAGAGAGGCUGGUUGCAAGCAUUGGAAGGAAAUUUUCCACAGCAUUUGAUCGAAUUGGCUGUGCGGGAGAAAUUAGCAUUAGCCCUCACGACGAUUACGAGAAGUGGGCCAUUGACAUUCUCGUCAAGUUCCGCGACAAGGAGAAGCUUACAUUGCUGACUGGUCAGCGGCAAUCUGGGGGAGAGCGAUCACUGACUACUAUCUUGUACCUGAUGAGCUUAACAGAAGAAGCACGUACCCCGUUCUCCCUCGUGGAUGAGAUUAAUCAGGGCAUGGAUCAACGGGCUGAACGCGCUGUCCAUAACUCGAUGGUCGAAGUGACCUGUAAACCUGACAGUUGUCAAUACUUCCUGAUUACCCCCAAGCUGCUUCCCGACCUCAUGUAUUAUGAGCGAAUGAAGAUUUUAUGCGUCAACAAUGGCGAAUGGCUUCCCGAGGCGAAGGGUAUUGGUAAUAUGAUGAAUAUGAUUGAUACGUUCGUCCAGAUGAGGGAUCGAUCAUCAAGAGCAGGGUAACCUCCUGGUCCCACCCUACCCUGCGAAGUCUUUCGCUAAACUAGCACAUUCCAACGGUAUGUUACGCCAUGACAAAGCAUGUUUCCAGUGA